GUCACGCAAACUUGUGGUACACAAUGUGUUUAUGUACAGAAAUGUAUCUGAAAUACUCUCGUCCACAUAUAAGCGUGCACAACGCACGUUCGUGGUCAAUAGUUUUCGUGAUACGAUUGUGAAUAGUGACAAUGUUCUCUGUGAAAUUACUUCUGCUGUUGAGCUUGUCGGCUGUGUCGUUGGGCCAGCGGCUCUCUGACGGUGAAAGCUCAAGGAGUUCAGGAGGUUACGGUAUCUACCGUCCCGGUUAUAAUAAUUACCCCGGCUACGGUGGUUACCCUGGAUAUGGAGGUUACCCCGGUCAAUAUCCAGGUGCAGGGGGCGGUUAUAACGGAUAUCCGGGAGGAUAUGGCGGUUCUGGACAGGGAUAUCCCGGUUAUGGUGGAGGAUAUAACGGCUAUCCGGGUUAUGGUGGAUACGGGCAAGGAUAUCCGGGUUACGGGGGUUACCGUCCUAGCAGACCCGGCUACCCGGGAUUCUCUGGUUACUCCGGCUACCAGCCCGGGUACAACAGACCCGGUUACGCGGGUAACAUUUUCGGCGGCUUCGGAGAUAGUUUCGGUGAUUUCUCAUUGGGACGCAGAGCGAGUGAAGUGAAAAGGAACAGCGGAUCACAAUCAUAGAUAUAGAAUGUUUGUACUAAUAGUGUUUUUAUAGUAAGAGCUUUAAUAUUUGUAAAUGAUAAAGAAAUAAAACUCAUUAAGAUAAUAAUAA